AUGACAGGGAAAGCCGGGGAAGCGCUGAGCAAACCCAAAGCCGAGACUGUGGCCAAGAGUAACUCGGGGGGGAACCCACCCAGGUGCACGGGUUUCGGCAUCCAGGAGAUUCUGGGCUUGAACAAGGAGCCACCCAGCUCACAUCCACGGGCCGCCCUGGACAGCUUGCCUACCGGGCACCUGCUGACCGCCCGCUCGGUACUCAGCCCAGCUGGCGUGGGGGGCAUGGGGCUCCUGGGGACAGGGGGGCUCCCGGGCUUCUACACGCAACCCACCUUCCUGGAAGUCCUGUCCGACCCCCAGAAUGUCCACCUGCAGCCCUUGGGCAGAGCCUCGGGGCAGCUCGAUACCAGCCAGACUGCCAGCUCAGAUUCUGAAGAUGUUUCUUCCAGCGACAGAAAAAUGACCAAAUCUUCCUUAAACCAGACCAAGAAACGGAAGAAGAGGCGGCACAGGACAAUUUUUACGUCCUAUCAACUGGAGGAGCUAGAAAAGGCAUUCAACGAAGCCCACUACCCAGAUGUUUAUGCCAGGGAGAUGCUGGCUAUGAAAACAGAGCUUCCUGAAGACAGGAUACAGGUGUGGUUCCAAAACCGCCGAGCCAAGUGGAGGAAACGGGAGAAGUGCUGGGGCCGGAGCAGUGUGAUGGCAGAGUAUGGCUUGUAUGGAGCUAUGGUUCGCCACUCUAUUCCACUGCCAGAGUCCAUCCUCAAAUCGGCCAAGGAUGGUAUCAUGGAAUCCUGUGCCCCAUGGCUACUUGUAAGAUACCAAAAGUCUCUGGAGGCAGCUGCGGAGACGGGGAGGAAGCCCGAGGUGGAGCGCCAGGCCUUGCCCAAGCUUGACAAGAGCGAGAAGGAAGAAAGGGGCCCUGACCCCCAAGCAGCCACCAUCUCUCAAGAGGAACUGAGGGAAAACAGCAUUGCCGCCCUCAGGGCCAAAGCUCAGGAACACAGCACCAAAGUGCUGGGGACCAUAUCUGGGGGGGAAAGCCCUGACUCGGAAAGCAGAGAAGCAGAGGAGGUGGAGGAGGAGGAGGCAUCCCCUGAAGAGGAGAGGCAAACGGAGAGACCCACCCCACUGCAGCCUCAGGAUGAGAAGAUGGUUUAAGCCAAGGGCAGCCCCCAAUGGGGCUACUGCAGGACUCUUGUCCCCCGUGAAGUGGUAGCCCUUGGUGUCUUGUUGGUAGGAGUACCCCGGAGGCAAGUCCCCAAGCCUCUGAGUGAUGCAAAGGGCCCGGUCCAUGCGGCUUCUUCAGAGACUCUCCUGACUUCAUCCUGCACUUCAUAGGUCCCUCAGUAUCCCCUGUUAUGUGGCACUGAACAACUACUAUCUUAAUCUUGGACAGAGGCUUUGGACCAUAUUGACCUAUCUCUCUCUUUUCUUGUAUCUCCUGCCCUUGAAAGACCCCUCACUCCCCUUAAACCCUCUCUGCCAAACCCCUUUGCCUCCAUGUUUGUAGUUUCACUGUACAAACCCAUCCCUUCAGAGCCUUUUUCACUGACUUCUGUAGUCUGGAUUCCAAAGCAUCCUCUGGCAUUGCCCUCCUACCCCCAGCUUCCAGCCCUUUUCAAAUCCAUCUUCCUCAUUUCUGAAGACCUGUUAUGGUUUACUGCUCUCAAAGAGGCUGGAGAUACAAACCCCAAAUCCAAUACCCCAACACUCUAGCAUGUAGCCACCUCCUCACAGUGGCUUCCUUCCUUGGUAUCCAUCUCCAUCCUCCUCUGAGAGCAUCUGUCAUUGAAUAUCUGAGG